ACGCGGGCGCCGGCCCCCGGCGCGUUCCAAUCCGCGCGCCUGCAGGCCCGGGCCUCGCCGACGCGCACCAAUUUCCGCAUCCGGCUCCUGGCGCUUCCGGUCUUAACGGGGGCCCAUCUAGGAGAGUUUCCGCUGGUUGGCCCUGCAGUCACCUCAAUUUACAAGUGAGACUGAGCUCUAGAAAGGGGAAAGGCCUUCCUAAUACCAUACUGCUGGUGAAUUGGGCCACCCUAGAACCCAGGCGUCCUGAUUCAGAGGGAAGUUCUCCUUCCAUCAUUUCACAUUUCGCAUUAUCUGAGAGGUUACUCUGAUGUCUUUCAAGCCCUACGGAGAUGGGUCUUAUCGGUUCCCGAGCCUGUGGACUCCGUUAUCAGGAUCACUUUCUUCCCCAGGGUACACUACAAACCUCCAGGUGGUGGUCUGUGGGAUUCAGCAGAGGAUGAGUCGUCCAUCCUCCUCUCGUUGGUAACCUGUUUUUCCCAACGGUUCUCCCACCAUCCACUGUCAUGUCUACCUUACUCCUCAAUCUGGAUUUUGGCGAACCUCCCCCAAAAAAGGCAUUCGAGGGGAAUGCCAAGCACCGAAAAUUUGUCAAGAAGCGGCGGCUCUUGGAACGGAAAGGCUUUCUGAAUAAGAAGAAGCAGCCCCCUAGCAAGGUGUCUAAGUUGCACUCAGAACCUUCAAAGAGAGGGGAAACUCCCAAGGUGGAUGGCACUUGGAAGGCCCCUCCCCUUCCCCAAAAGAAGAAGAAUGCUGCUUCCAGCAGUGGGUCAGAGCAGUCCCUGGACAAGAAAGCUGCAGUGCCUUGGCUGACCCCUGCUCCUUCCCAGAAAGCUGGUUUCGUUGUGGCUAAAGUAGAUUUGCUGGGGGAAUUCCAAAGUGCCCUACCAAAGAUUCAGAGCCACCCAACUCGCCCCCAGAAGAAGGGCUCCCAGAAGAACCCUCCUCAGAAGAAUGUCCCACAGAACUCCACCCAAGCUCCUACAGAGAAUAAAUACUCUGCAGCAUCCCAGAACAUACCGACGAAGAUGGUGGCAAUUGACUGUGAGAUGGUGGGCACAGGACCCAAGGGGCAUGUCAGUUCCUUGGCUCGAUGCAGCAUUGUCAGCUACAGCGGAGAUGUGCUUUAUGAUGAGUACAUCCUUCCCCCCUGCCACAUCGUGGACUACCGGACCAGAUGGAGUGGUAUCCGCAAGCAGCACAUGGUGAAUGCUACACCCUUCAAGAUUGCUCGGAGCCAGAUCUUGAAGAUUCUCACAGGGAAGAUAGUGGUGGGGCAUGCCAUCCACAACGACUUCAAAGCCCUUCAGUACUUUCACCCCAAGUCCCUCACGCGAGACACCUCCCAUAUCCCCCUCCUCAACCGGAAGGCUGACUGCCCAGAGAACGCCACCAUGUCUCUGAAGAGUCUCACCAAGAAGCUGCUGAGCCGGGACAUCCAGGUUGGGAAAAGCGGACAUUCCUCUGUGGAAGAUGCGCAGGCCACCAUGGAGCUGUACAAGUUGGUAGAAGUUGAGUGGGAACAGCACCUGGCCCAGAAUCCCCCAAAAGACUAGCGCCAGUGGGGACCCUGGUGACGUGGGGAAGCAGAGGCAGCACCACACCGAGGAGAACAGGGCAGUGGACCAAAGGACAGCUCUGCCAGCUCCACACCUUUGGGAGCUAGAGCUGUUGGGGAGGGUGAGGCCCCCCCGCCAGACUUAACAUCCAUUGAAAUUUCAUCUCAGGUGUUGUGUCCUGUGUCUGGUUAAGUGUUGUAUGGAAGGAAGAAGCCUCCAUGUCAGAACCCAGCCCUGUAGGCUGUUUACCUCUCAAAUGGUGCUAACAUGGGUCCCAGGGUGCUGUGCUCCUGGGAGAGCCUUUUGACUUUCAAGGGGCAGGGCAUACUGGGAAAUGUAGUUUCCCAAACUGCCUUAUCACUGGGGUGGCCAUAUGUCUCAUUUUAUGCCUUUCGUUCUCAAGUAAUCAGCCUCUUUCACUCUCGGAAGUAUGCUGUUGGAUGAUAACUUGUAUGAUCACAGUACAGCUCUCAGACUCUGCUUUUGGCUCAGAGCCUACAUCUAGUCUGUGUCGCGAUAUCACCUGUUCUUUCCACCUUGACUUCCAGAGGAGCCGUCCCUGGUGAGAUGCAGUUCUCCUUAGGGUUACAAGGCAGUAGAGGUAGGAGAGUGUGACUUGGAAGUCAGUUUUUCUGAUUUAGGAAAGCAGUCUCUUUCCUAAAGGGAUAGAGAAUUUAUGUAAUGUAGAUCCCACUUGGCAGGUUAAAGAAGAAUUUAAAGUGUUUUAAUGGUUUUUAGUCUUUUACUUUGCUAAACCAAGCCACUAAAAACUCAAAUUAUUCCCUUGAUAAAUUUUUA